UCUCGGGUCUCGGCUCGCUCAACCCGCCGCCAUUUUGAAUCCGAAUCGCUCACACUACACCCGCUCUAAACUGGAACUAUGCCGCGGGGCCGGCCGCGAAAACAGAGGGUUAAAGAUGACAGCGAAACCGAUGGAGGUCCGGGAGCCGGCUCAGAGAGCCAGAAGCAGGCCGAGAACAAAUGUAAUAUUUGCUCACAGAAUUAUCCCAGCGAGAGUCAACUUCAGAGACACCUGCGAGAGCAUGAGGUCAACGAUAAGCCGUAUCGGUGUGACCAGUGUCCGCUGUCCUUUAAUGUGGAGUACAACCUCGACCUCCACAAGUCCACUCAUGCCACCAGCGAGGCCAAAUGCCCCGUGUGCCACAAGAAGUUCUCCAGAGUGGCCAGUCUGAAGGCUCAUGUCAUGGUCCACGAGAAAGAAGAGAACUUCCUGUGCUCGGAGUGUGGAGACGAGUUCAUCCUGCAGAGUCAGCUCUCUGUGCACCUGGAGGAGCACCGGCAGGAGCUCAGCGGCAGCAGCACACACUCCUGCCGGACCUGCCGCCGGGAGUUCCCCACACACAGCCAGCUGCGGGAGCACCUGAGGAGCCACGCCAAGGCCAGGUCCGUCACACACG